AUGCAAUUUUCUACCGUCCUCUCGGCUGUUGCCUUCGCUGCUGGUACCCACGCCUGGGCCCAGGCUGGCAACGGUGAAUGGAUCGCCAACAACAACCCCUACGGGAUUAUGCCCUGGUCUGGAGGUGCCAUUAAUGUCUGGGAGGCAUGCACCUACCAUGGCUCAAAUGCCUUGGUCCCUGCUGGUCACGGUUGCCGAUACUGGACCAACGCUCAGGGUGGUAUCUUCGCCGGAACUUGCCGUGAUACUCCUGGUCAUGUUAUUACCACGCGUAACUGCCAAUAG